UGAAACGUACGUUAAGGAGGUCGGAAAUUUUUGUCCGGGGACGACCUCCCUGUCUUCUUCCCCAGUCAUUGUGUUGCCCAGUUGACUUUCAGUUCUGACUUCUCAAUACAAAUACAGAGAGCGAGAGAGUAGAAAUGCCUAGCAAGAGAGUUCUUCUCUCUAUCUCGGCGUUAAAUUCAAUCACUCUUUACCUCUAUUUCUUCUCCGACACCGAUCACUUCCGCCAUAAGUCCCCCACGAACAACCACUUUCAUCUGGAUCGAAACCAUUCUUGCUCCUCUCCGUCGCAAAAGAAACCAUGGCCGGUACUUCCUUCGUACACCCCCUGGUCUCAAAAACCCAAUCUGACUCUCGGAUCAUGUGAAGGUUACUUCGGAAACGGCUUUACUCGCCGCAUCGAACUUCUCAGGCCACCCACAGAGCUUCGUCGGAAUUAUUGUGACGGUGGGAGUUUUGCUGGCGGAGGCUGGUUCAGAUGUUUCCAUAGCGAAACGUUGCGCAGCUCGAUAUGCGAGGGAGGGCAGGUUAGGAUGAGGCCAGAUAAGAUUACAAUGUCAAAAGGAGGAGAAAAACUGGAGACGGUGAUGGGAAGGGGGGAAGACGAGGAAAUGCCGGUGUUCCAGGGUGGAGCUUUUGAUGUCGGUGUGACUGAUAAAUCGAAGGCAGGAAAGAAGCUCGUUGAGGAUGACGAAUUCAUUAAUCGAUAUCUACCCCAAGGAUCCAAGUUGAUCGAUUCAAUUCUGUUGGCCUCUGAAGAUGACUUCCAAUGCACUGAGUGGAUUGAGGAGCCAACACUUCUGGUAACACGGUAUGAGUAUGCAAACCUUUUCCACACUUUCACGGAUUGGUACAGUGCCUAUGUGACCUCCAGAGUGACCUGCUUGACAAUUCGGCCUCAUGUUGUUUUUGUGGAUGGCCACUGUGAGACACAAUUGGAGGAGGUGUGGAAAGCAUUGUUUGCAAGCGUCAGAUAUGCAAAACACUUUAAGGGUCCUGUUUGCUUCCGCCAUGCUAUCCUCUCACCUUUGGGGUACGAAACGGCACUGUUUAAGGGACUCUCAGAAAACAUAAACUGUCGAGGCACUACAGCACAUGAUCUGUUGCAAAACCCCAAAGACGAAGAGAAAACUUCGUGGUUGGAUGAGUUUGGGGAGAUGAUAAAAGCAGCCUUCGGCUUUCCACCACUCAACGACAGCCCAAGGCCAGAAGUUUCAGGCAUUCGUCAUCACAGCAUCCUCUUUGUUCGCCGGGAGGAUUACUUGGCCCACCCCCGACACAGUGGGAAACCAGAGUCAAGGCUUAGCAAUGAACAACAAGUGUUUGAUGCAAUAAGGAACUGGGCAGCAUCAUUACUGUCAUCAUCAAACAGUUUCAAAUGCAAGCUAAGUGUGGUUAACGGAUUAUUUGGUCACAUGUCAGUAAAGGAGCAGGUUGAAGCAAUACAGGACGCUUCGGUCAUUGUGGGUGCUCAUGGGGCAGGUAUGACCCAUGCCAUAUCUGCAGUGCCUGGAACAAUAAUCCUUGAGAUCAUUAGCAGUGCACAUAGGCGUCCCCAUUUCGCCCUUAUCGCGAAAUGGAAGGGCCUUGAGUACCAGCCCAUUAUUUUGGAUGGUUCCCACGCCGAUCCUCGAGUGGUGAUUGAUAAGCUAGACAGCAUUUUGAAAAGUAGUGGUCUGGGAUGCUGAAUAGAGAACAACAUAUCAAACCAGUAGGGAAUAUACAUUCGAUCAGGCGUCACAAUAUCAGCUUAUCUUCUAUAUCAUUUUAUCCCAAGCUUUAGAGGUCGGCUUAACUCAUAUACCUCCAUACACUUUUCAACCAAGGGCUUUAAGAGGAUUUAAAGCUCGUUAAGGUUUACAUAUUUUAAACCUUUGAAAUGACCUUUGUUUUCUGUUUAGAUGAUUUAGAAGGUCUUUAUUUUCCAUGCAAUUUUCAAUUGCAUUUUCAUCUAUUUGCAAAAAGACAUGUUUGACAGACUGAUAAAAGGCUUUUUCUAUAUAGUAUGUAAACGGAUCUUUGAAUGCAAAAUCCUCUUAUCAAAUUAUAUUAACGGAAAUAAAACAUAAAA